AAUUUUCAAAUUGUAAUGUCUGACAGGGCCGUAACUACCAUUGGGGCAACCGGGGCAGUGCCUCGGGACCCCCGGCGAAGCGGCCCCGCGAUUGUAAUCGCGUUAUAUAUACUGCCAAUAGGCAAUAUAACGCGAUUAAAAACCUACAGUAUAGCCGAAGAAUCAGUUUCGGACUCGGACCAGGAAGAGCUUCGAGAAUUCGGUUCUAGCCUGAUUAGCAUGGAAAAUUUAGACAGGGCUUCUCCAGAACUGUGGCCAGAAAAGAUUCCAGGUGUGACCGAAUUCAUCAACAGCUUCCAGACAACACCCAACAGCACCACCAAGCUGCCCUACUCAAAGGAACUCACCCACGAGGAUCAGAACUAUGUACAUCAACUAGCAACUCUAUCAACAUCAGGCUUAAUUGGAAAAGUGAAAGAGCUACAUGAUAUUGCCUAUCAGCUAGGCAUAGAAGAAUCGAAAGAAGUGACACGUGGGAAGUAUCUCAACCUGUUUAACAGGGACAAGAAACAUAAAUAAGUGUUUUUGUAUAAUAAUUUAUUGUUUAAGGGCUGUGGUGUAUAUUUUUUACAUUGAGAAGUGAUAUUUAUGUUUUAUGUUUAUAUUAGAUCUUAAGAUGGAAUAUUUUUGUACAUUUUGAAAAUAUAUUCGAUAAUAAUGUAAAAAAAUUAA